AUACCAGCUCUACGUCAUUUGUGCCACAAAUUGGUGAAUUUUUAACUUUCUUUGCUUGCAAAUUUGUUAAUAAACAAUCUGGAGCACUCAAUUCAAAAAUACGUGAACAUUUUCCAGGAAGCAUAAUAAAAUAAACUUCAUUUACAUACGGCAAGUCCCAAAGGAGCUGGACCUUAGCAAGGUGCUUCGUGAAUUGCUGUUCCCGACUGAGAAACUAAAUUGCUAUUUUUAAAUAUAAAUUUAAUGCUGUGGAAUUCCAAAAAUGUCUUGCGAAGUAAAAUCUUAUGGACAAAUUCGUGAUUUUCGCAAAGUGCAAGAAUUUUUUGGUUUAGGUCAUGAUGAGAAUUGGUUAAAUGCUGUAAACUAUGCAAUAUCACCAACGGGUGAGCUCAUCGCUUUUGGUCAGGGCGAAAAGCUGGCACUACUCUCAUCCCAAUGGGAUAAUAAAUCUCAAGUUAGCACUUAUGUACUAAGUUGGUGUGGUGAACUUGAUGAUCCAAAUCAAAUUAUCACGGCCCUACUUUGUUUACCUAUAUAUGGCAAAAGUGUUAGCGCAGGCGCCGAAUGGACUUGCAUUGCAAUCGGUCUUAAUACUGGCAAAGUGUUAUUUUACACAGAUGCAGGCAUUAAAAUAUUUUCGCAAAGUUAUCAUGAAAAUCCAGCAUUGAGCAUCAAAGCGUAUAGUCCACCACGACAUUCCGAAGCUGAUUCUUUUGUAUACAUUACUUACGAUGACUGUAUGUGCAUUAUUAAAGGCAGCGAUAUGUUUCCAUUGCUUGUAAAUUUACGUUACAAUUUUAACCGUACAUUUGGUCGUAAUACGCCUAAUGAAGCGUCAGGCUUGCCUACAGCAGAUUUACUAAAGUACCAAAAAUUUAAAUUUUCAAAACAAAAUGGUACUAUUAUUAACGACGCCGUAUUCACUGGCCCACGUUAUACCACCAUGUAUGAUCACAUCAUUGAGCAGGCUGUUGGUAUUGGAUGUUAUGCUAAAGUUUCAACUACGCCCAUUCAACAUUCGUUGGUGCUUGGAGUAGGUGCAGAUCCAUAUAUGGGAUUUUAUUAUGCAGAAGAAGGCUACCGUACGACAACGUUAAGUGAUGUAGCAAAAGGUGUCUUAGAUUUGACUUAUCGUAGUGUUUGGGGAAAAUUAUUUGGACAGCCCGAGAGGAAAGAAGAUGAUACACCUUCUAUAGCAAAGGAAUCAAUGAUGCGUACACGUUCGCAAUUAUAUGAUAAAAAGCGUGAUGGCUUCAAUGUUGCGCUCGCACCAAAUGGUAGACUGGCUGUCGUAACUGAUAGCUUAGAUCGUCUUGUUCUUUUCGACCUGCAACGUGGAAUAGCGUUACGUGUAUGGAAGGGCUAUCGAGACGCACAAUUUGCGUUUGUGCCUGUAAAAGAACGUUCACUGAAAGGAGUACAAACACAACAUCGAAAAGCACUGUUUCUCGUUAUAUAUGCGCCACGUUUGGGUUGUUUGGAGAUCUGGGCAUUGCAAAAUGGUCCAAAAGUUGCCGCAUUCACGGUUACCAAAAAUGGACAAUUAGCAUACAAUACACAUGGUUUAAUGGGCGUACCACCAGGCAUGAAGGUGAAAUCAUCCUCACCGAAUUAUUGCUUGUUUUUAGAUCCCAGCGAUAGUAGCGUCAAAGAGAUGCAAAUACCCUUCCAUUUUGCGCUAAGUGAGACCAACUCGAAAACUUCACGCGAUGUACACUUGUUUCGUCGGCUCAAGAAUCUUUUGCGAGAAGGUGAAACUUCUACUAGCAUGGACGAAAUUACCCAAGUAGCCGCAGGCUUUCAAACGAUCGAAGUACGCCAACAAUGCCUUGAGAUGUUAAAGAAAAAUAAGCAGUUAAAACCGCAUAUAUUUCAAAAAAUUGUAUCCGCCUUUGCCGACUCAUUAUGCACAGAAACGCAAGAGGAGGACGGCGACGCAAAUGCAGAGCACGGUAGUUUUAAAAUUAUGGUUGAUAAUUACAAACGGCUCGCAGAAUUUUAUUUAACAAUGAAGCGGCCAAGCGAAGCAGAAUUCGAUGACUAUUUAGAAUUAGAUGAUUGUGAUUUGGUAACUAUCAACCAAGUCGUUUUAUUACUGGGCGACAAAUGUGCACAACCAACCCAAAGCGAUAUCGACGAAGGUGCUCAUUUUAGUGGACGGGUGACAUUUCAAGAGCGGUGUCAGGAAGAUGGUGACUUUGUUGACUUUUUAAGCAUUUUUCAAGUUGAUAUUGAGGAUAAAUUACCGCUCCUACGCGAAAAAAUCGAAAGCUUUGGCUAUAUAAGUGGGCGGCUUUUUAGGGAAUUUUUCGAAAGCGGUUUGUGCUUUGAAGAGUUAAAAUCGGCAGCGGUUAAAGCAAAAAUACCUGCUGAAGAUUUGAUGGUUUUGGCGCUACACUUUUGGAUGGAGAAGCCAUUCCGAUAUCAAAACUGUGAUGAAGUUAUUGCUGAUAUGUCACGGCUGGCAGCUAUGAUCAAAGCGUUCUGCGAAUUAGCAGGCGAUCGUGUCAACGACUAUGCAUACAAUGCCAUCUCACAAUGGUGGCAGGAUGUGCGUGAAAUACUUUUGGAAAGUCCCAAAUCACUUGGCUUACUUGCGGCCAUUGUGUGUAAGUCAGUGGCAGCCAAACUUCGACGGGGCUUUAAAGAAGGCUCUUGCGACGAGGGUUCGCAGGCAGAGGAAGAAGAAAAGUGGGAACAAAUCUCACACGAUCAAGCACAAUGGGGUUUACUCAUCGGCAAAUUGGAAGAUAUUUCAAUAUUAGGCGCCACUGUAGAGCAUCCAAUACAGAGUACUGAACCCGUUAUGCCCGAACUACCAUAUAAACCACCAGAUUGUAGUUUAAAAUUUAUUGUCAACGGGGGCAAAGGCAUUGUCACGGAUCUUACUGCCCAAUGGUUGAUCAACUCCCGCAUACAUCCUUUGAAAAUUCUUGAAACCGAAGUAGUACUAGUAGACGAGAUUGGUGUGCAAGAGAAAAGUCAGACUCCAACUAUUACGGAUACAAUCGAAGACAACGAGGAGUUAGCUAUUAAUGUAGGUGGGGGUGAUCAAUGCUUGUCAGACAAGAAACCUUCUUGUCGAGUCGAGUCCACAGAUGAUCCAGUACUAAAAAAAUUGGCACUUCUGCGCGAACAUUUUCCAUUUAGUUUGGAAUCGGGUAUGCUGCUCAGUCUUAUGUCAUGGCAGUAUAUGGUACAUUGGAGUAAAAAUUUACCAUGCUUGCAAUAUAUGCGCGCUGCACUCACAUGCAUGUCCAACUUCAAGCCGGUAGAUUAUGCGUUGAAGCAUGGCAUUUGUUGUAUGCUUUGGAAUGCCACUCUUAAGUAUCCACUGCAAUCGACUAUGAAACUAAUACAAAAGGCGGGUCGCUUGCCGAAGGAUAAAAUGUGCCAACAGGAUAUCGAAAUGUCUGCCGCUUUGGUGCCUGAAUUUCUCGAAUUAAGUUUACAAUUUUUAGAACAUUUCAGCAGUUCACUCGACCACAACAGCCGUGAAUUGAAGUUCGAGGAGUCGCUGACGGAUGGUCAGCUUCCCCUGCAGUAUCUCGCGUUGCAACAGCACAAUGCUAUUGAAGAGUUGUUACAAUUGCACUAUGAGUUAUGCGCUGUAUUACAUUUGAUAGCAGAAUUUCAAAUUAAAAUGCCUAAACCCAUUACAAAUGUAUUCGAUGCCAUGGCAAAUAAGGCUUUCUUCAGUGAUAUCAAUAAAGAGCUGCCUUUUGAGCUGCCAGAAGCGGAUUUGGUGUUGCAACAGCAACGUGAGCAUUUCUUAUGCAAAGUAAUUACUGCCUCAAUGGACUUAAUACGCGAAGACUUGGAGCAGUUGUACGUGCUAGAGCAUGAGGAGUGUAUGCAGAAGAUUAUGGCAUUGGCAGAAAGUUGGAAGUUGAAGAAAACGGCGCUUAUACGUCAACAAGCAGUGGAAAUGUACGCGCAUGGUUACGACGCUCACGGUGAGCCGCUGUUAAAAGAGUUGCGCGACGAUGAACAUAUUGCACGUUUGCUUCUGGAGGUAGCGGGCCGGCGCCUAAACUUGAUUGCGAAGGCAUCGCGCGAUGCCUACAUGAAAAUUGCGUCUGUGGGUCAUGUGCUUUUGCAUUUUCUCGAUAGACUGCGCGAUGCACCGAGUGGAUACGUUCAAAUAUCCGCUACUGACGGAGAUGAGAUUAAUAUCAUUGCUUUAAAAAAAUUAGUGGCACACUGCUUCCAUUUACUCUCGCAGAAAGAGCCAACCAAUUAUCUACAUAUUGCCGGCCAAAUGUUUGAUGCGUGUUCUUUAUUACAAGAGUAAGUUAGAGUGUAACAUUUACCUAUGAAAAUUAUGCACAAUUCUUUUUUUAACUAACUAUGUAUAUAGCUCAUAAGAAAUAUGCAUAAUGUUUAAUGACUUGUAAUGAGUUGAAAAUUUUUAUUAUAUAAAGUAAAUACAGAAUAUAGAUAUUAUGCUAUCAAUAUACAAAUGUA